AUGAGCUCAAAGUCAGUUGCAUGCUCUGCAAGGGGAUCAAAUCGGAUGAGGGAUCGACAGACACAAUCAAUGGGAUCUAGAGCUGGGAUAUCUAACCCGAGCCAAGUCCGACAAUGUCCACAUUGUGAAAGGAACUAUUCGGGGAUAUGCAGGAUGAUUUUUGGAGCUUGUUUUAAAUGUGGGGACACUGGACAUUUUGUUCAGGAUUGUCCCAUGUUAGCGGGUGAAUUUGCUCAGCCAGAGAAGUCCGCCUCGACUACACAGAGAGGUAGAGGCAGAGGAAGAAGUAAAUCAGAGUCGUCAGCUCCGCAAGAAAUACAUUCUGCAGCUCGUGUGUAUAAUCUCAGGACUAGCGAGGAUAGAGAUGACUUAGAGAUCAAAGCAUGUAUUUUUCAGUUGUAUGACAAGGAUGUGUUUGUAUUGAUUGAUACGAGGUCCACAUAUUCUUACAUUUCUAGUAAGUUCGUGAAAGAAUUGAAUAUUCCGUUAAAAUCUACUAGCAAUGAGACUGAAAAGAGUAACGUUGAAAAGUUCAGAAGGUAUAAAGGUUAUUGUAUUUAG